GCAGCAGAGCCUCCCGGGUAACAGGAAGUGCAAGAUGGCGAUGGACGGAGCUAUGUCCACGUCCUCGGCUCUGUCUUACCACAACGCUGGCGACUUCUACCCGCGAAAGUUCGGCCCGAAGCCGGACGUGGUGCCGUCCGGGGUGACCGAGAGGAAGGUGGGCCCGCUGGACAAGCCGGACAUGGUGUCGGUGGACGUCAUCAACAUCAAGGAUUCAGACGCUCCCAUGCACCGGAAGAAGCUGGAGCACGACACAUACGUCCUGGGAACCAUCCAUCCGUUCAGGAAGACGCACAGAUCUGUGUUUGGGAAACUCCGGCAAGAAUUCCAACUGGUUACCUCGGAUAGACGGUCGUGGAGGAUCCUGCUGUUCGGGUCACUCAACCUGCUCUGCACCGGCUGUCUGCUGAUGUGGUGCAGCUCCACCAACAGCAUGGCCUUAACCGCCUACACGUACCUCACCAUCUUCGACCUCUUCAGUUUGAUCACCUGUCUCAUCAGCUCCUGGGUCAACAUGAAGAAACCCAGUCAAGUCUACACGUUCGGGUUCGAGCGACUGGAGGUUCUGGCGGUUUUUGCCUCGACUGUUCUCGUCCAGCUCGGAGCAUUGUUCAUCCUGAAGGAGAGUGUGGAGCGCUUCGUGGAGCAGCCUGAGGUCCAUACCGGUCGCCUGUUGGUCGGGACGUUCGUCGCUCUGUUCUUCAACCUGUUGACGCUGCUGUCCGUCAGGAACAAGCCCUUCGCCUACGUCUCGGAAGCGGCCAGCAGCAGUUGGCUUCAGGAACAUGUGGCGGAUCUGAGUCGAAGUUUGUGCGGCAUCGUCCCGGGCCUCAGCAGCGUGCUGCUGCCUCGCAUGAACCCGUUCGUCCUCAUCAACAUGGCCGGAGCUCUGUCCCUCUGCAUCACCUACAUGCUCAUAGAAAUCAAUAACUAUAACGGCGUGGACACGGCGUCGGCGGUCGCCAUCGCUCUCAUGACCUUCGGCACCAUGUAUCCCAUGAGCGUCUACAGCGGCAAAGUGCUGCUGCAGACGACGCCCUCGCACGUCCUCGGCCAGUUGGACAAACUGCUCAGAGAGGUGUCGACUCUGGACGGCGUGCUGGAGGUUCGCAACGAACACUUCUGGACCGUCGGCUUCGGGUCUCUGGCCGGCUCUGCACACGUUCGUAUCCGUCGGGACGCCAAUGAGCAGCUGGUUCUGGCUCACGCCACCAAUCGGCUGCUGCCGCUCGUCUCCACGCUGACGGUCCAGAUCUUUAAGGACGACUGGAGCAGACCCCUCCUCACCGGGACCCUCUCCCCCUCCUCCUCCCCUCUGGGCCCGGCCGAAGGCCACGCCCCCGUCUCCUCCUCCUCGCUGCCUCCUCAUCUGUUGACCUCCGCAGGCGGAGAGCUGGACCCGCUGACCUCCACGCCGUCCAAACCCAGCAGUCCUCCUCCGGAGUUCUCCUUCAACACUCCGGGGAGGAACGUGCAGCCGGUGGUGCUGCCCGCCCCGGGACACCACGCCCACAGGCCCUACGGAGGCCUGGGACUCGCCUACGCCGCUCCUCCCUACGCGGGGAUGCUGAACCAGGGCGUGGUGCGGCCCGGCAGCGGGCUGGGACUCGGGGCAGGGUUUGGACCGGGCGUGUCCUCUCAGAGUUACAGAACUGCGCAGGGGGGCUCGGCGGCUGCGCCACAGUUUGGGAACAGCAACCCUCUGGCUCCACAGCACAGACAGUACCGGCCCUGAGCGUGCCGGACCGGGUCACACCACCGUCUUGGUUCUGUCUGAUUGCGGAGUUUCUCCUCAGCUCAAUUAUUUGAAACCAAUGAGAUCGGACUAGAGACGUUUUCCUCCGGUUCUGGAGCAGAAACUUGGGAAGAGGAAGACGCGGAGAGCUCGACUGCGGUCGGACGUUGUUCUGGGACAGGAAGUAAACCACGAACUCACACAUAUUACAUUUACUUUGAAAAACAAAAUACACAUAUUCCAACUUUAACUUUGUAAAAAAAAAAAACUGCGACCAAACUUUUUUCUUUCCCCCCUCAAUGGUUCAAUAAAAACUUUUCAAAAACGUGA